ACUUUCUUUCACUUUCUUAUUAAAUUUUAAUAUCUUGGCCGGUCCAGAAAAGCUCUUUGUGCAAAGGUUUCUUCUCAUUAAGAUAACAUAGAGAAAAAAAAACAGCAGCCAAUACCUUUUCUUUCUUGUUGUUGUUGUUGUUGAGAUGAGAGCAGAUUUGAUUACAAUACAGCAAACGUUGACGCCGGAAGCAGCGACUGUUCUUAACCAGUCGAUCGCCGAGGCGACACGUCGCAACCAUGGCCACACGACUCCUCUCCACGUGGCGGCCACUCUCUUAUCCUCCUCCUCUGGUUUUCUCCGACAAGCCUGCAUCAAAUCACACCCAAACUCCUCUCACCCACUCCAGUGCCGAGCUCUCGAGCUCUGUUUCAGCGUCGCCCUCGAACGCCUCCCCACUACAACCACAUCGCAAACGCAGGAGCCGCCUCUGCUUUCAAACGCACUAACCGCGGCUUUAAAACGCGCGCAGGCUCACCAGCGGCGCGGUUGCCCCGAGCAGCAGCAGCAGCCGCUUCUGGCCGUGAAAGUCGAGCUCGAGCAGCUCAUCAUUUCGAUCCUCGACGACCCGAGCGUAAGCCGGGUCAUGCGGGAGGCUAGCUUCUCUAGCCCCGCCGUCAAAUCCGCGAUCGAACAGUCGCUUUCCGGUAAUUCCGUUACUCCGAGACAAACCGGGAUCGUUAACACGUCUUCAAUCGGGUUCGGUUAUCGACCUGUACCGGUUCCGGUUAACCGGAAUCCUUACGUUAAUCCCCGGUUACACCAAAACGUCUCCUCCUCCGGGGGUGGGAUGGUGAUGCAGAGGACAGACGAAGCUAAACGUGUCAUGGAGGUUAUGACCCGGACCCGGAAAAGAAACCCGGUUCUCGUCGGCGACUCGGAGCCUCAGAUUCUCGUGAAAGAGAUUCUAAGGAAGAUCGAGACCGGAGAACUCUCCGACGGACCGCUUCGCGGUUUCCAGGUGAUCCGGCUAGAGAACGAGUCGACGAGGUUCGGCGAAAUCUCCGGUUUAGUUGAGACCCGGUUAGGUAACUCGGAGUUAACCGGUGGUGUUGUUCUCGAUCUCGGAGAUUUGAAGUGGUUAGCGGCGAACAACGGAGGAGGAGGCGGUUUAGGAGCUGUGGUGGAGAUGAGGAAGCUUUUGGAGAGAUACAAAGGGAGGUUGUGUUUCAUUGGUACGGCCACUUGUGAGACUUAUCUACGUUGUCAGGUUUAUUACCCUUCCAUGGAGAACGACUGCGAUCUUCAAGCCAUUCCGAUCGCCGCCAAAUCUCUUCUUCUUCCCACCAUGUUCCAAAGGCUUGGUAGCAACAACAGCAAUACUUUGUUAUUAAACAGUAACAAUAUAUCUCCGACGAGAACCUCUCAGAUUCCGGCGGGUAAAAUGAGCUGCUGCCCUCGGUGUUUGCAGAGUUAUGAAAACGAUGUUGCUAAAUUGGAAAAAUCGUUAACCGGAGAUAACCGGUCGGUCUUGCCGCAGUGGCUGCAGAACGCUAAAGUCGACAGCGUCGGUGACAAGAAACCUACGAAAGAUCAAGAGAUCGUGGAGUUGCAGAAGAAAUGGAACGACUUGUGUUUGCGUUUACAUCCGAAACCGUCUCCGUCUGAAAGAACAACAUCUCCUUCGUCCUUGUCUAUCGUGAAACCAAACCCAAUAUCGGACAUAACUCCACCAGGAAGUCCAAUCGGUACAGAUUUGGUACUUGGACGGUCCAGCAACAGAGCUAUCGGAAAGCUAGGAGAUUCAUUCGACAUCGAUCUGUUCAAGAAGCUACUCAAGGGCUUAGCGAAAAGCGUCUGGUGGCAGCACGACGCAGCUUCUUCGGUAGCAUCAGCGAUUACAGAAUGCAAACACGGAAACGGGAGAUCAAAGGGUGAUAUUUGGUUAAUGUUCACCGGUCCAGACAGAACCGGGAAGACCAGAAUGGCGUCUGCGCUGUCCGAUCUCGUCUCUGGAGGAAGCCAACCGAUAACCAUCAGCGUCGGUUCGCGUUCUCGGACGGAGGACGACGGUUUAAGCCUCCGAGGCAAAACGGCGUUGGAUAGAUUAGCGGAAACGGUUAGGAGAAACCCGUUUGCGGUUAUCGUGAUGGAAGACGUCGACGAAGCUGAUGUGUUGCUGCGUAACAACGUGAAGCUAGCGAUGGAACGAGGGAGGAUCUGCGAUUCGUAUGGACGUGAGGUUAGUCUAGGGAACGUUAUUAUAAUCCUGACUACGGAUUCAUCGCUCGGUUUAGCGGGAAACGUUGUUCCUAUCGACGAGACGAGACUAGAGAGUCUGGUGAGCAGCAGAGGAUGGACGUUAAGACUCUCUGUUUGCAACGGAAGCAGUACACGUAAACGCAAACCGAACUGGCUUUACAAUGAUGAGACAAAGCAGAGGAAAGAGAUAUGUUUCGAUUUGAACGAAGCGGUCGAGUUUGAUUCGUCUAGUGAUGUAACGGUCGAGCACAACGAACAAGAGGACAAUAGUAACUUCCUCCACAAGCUAGUGGCGUUAGCAGACGACGCUAUAGUCUUUAGACCGGUCGAUUUUGGUUCGAUCAAGAGCAAGACUGCAGAAUCUUUAAAGAAACAUUUCGGUGACGGUCUCGCGGUGGAGAUCGAAGACGAGGCUCUGGAGAGGAUCGCUGGUGCUAUUUGGCUUAGCAAGAUUAGCUUAGAGGAGUGGCUUGAGGAAGCAAUGGGUUCGAGCUUGAAUAGCGUGAAGUCUCGAGUGUGUUCUUCUUCAGAAGAUUCUGUGAUUAGUAUUCAGCUUGAAGAUGAUGUAAGUGAUCGAAAUUCUGGAGGUUAUCUUCCGAAUAGUAUAAGAACAGUGGUCGUUUGAGUAAUUUUUUUUUUGUUGGUAAGGAGGGGUGGAUUCGUAAUUAAUGAAUUGGGGAAGGGGGAAAGAUGUAAAUAGUGUUAUGUCUCCAAACCGUCUUUGGCGGGGAGAGAAAAGUUCGGUAAACAUUACAGUAAAAAAGAGUUAUCAACGGCUCAGAAUAAUUUACAUCCUUUUUAUGAUA